AUGAUUUCUACACCAGAUAAACCAACCAAGGUCUUUAUUGGAGACAACGUUUCACUGGUUUGGCAGUACUAUAAGCCUGCACAUCUAACUCUCUUUCAGGUCGUCUUUGGUUACUGGAAAAGUCCUGGUUACUUGCAUCCAAAGCUUAUAGCAGUCGAUUCAAAGGGGGUUAUAAGUGUAAGAGUAGGCUACGAGACAGCGGUGAGUUGGGAUGGAAAUCUGACAUCUUCCCUGGCAGUUUUUGUUUUAUAUAAUGUUCAGCCGGCCGACGGAAAUGUGGAUUUUGGUAUACAAGUUGAGUUUGGACUCGCGGACAAUCCAUUGAAAGACAUAGUCCAGCUUCUAGUCGUGGCAAAACGUAGGUAGAACUGGCAUGUGGCUAUUUAUAUAUAUAUAUGUUUUUAAUUAUGUUAACUCCCCAUAAAAUAAAGAUGAAUUAAAAUAUGAGCGAUGAAUUCAUAAUACCAUGCUUUUUAUGUCGACUCCCUUAUAUAUAGUAUCAACUACUUGAACUUCUCGAAUUUCUGUUCUGUUCCAACGAUUUUGCAACUGGAAUAAAGGAACGAUUUAAAACUAAGCUAUGAGAAAAUUCUUUUGGAGUCUUCAGUAUAGUUCCCACAUUUAUUCGUACGUAUACCUUCCCAUUUGGUGGCGACGCCUAGUUAAGCAUGUUUUCCCACCCUGCUUACCUCACACAAUUGCCUCACAUCAUUAUAUGAGGCAUCGCAUUCUUUUAGCUUAGUUGUUCGUUCAUCGUUUUAGCUUCUAUGCGAUCUGCGGUUCAUGAAAAUCCUUCACCGACUUUUCUCUCUUUCUCUUAACGUGGAGACCAACGCAGUGUGGUUUCAUUGGAAAUGUAUGAGCAUCAUAAGAUAAUUUUUAAGCUGAACUGACUCAGAGGAGUUCCAAAUAGCAUACAACUAUUUGCAUUUUAUUGAUUGUAAAUUGAUUUCCGGAAUUUUGGGCUGAAUGGAAAGUACCUCCAGGUGACAGCGAGAAUCAGCGGUUUAACCAAGAGUAUGAUUCUAGUAGUAAAAUGUUGAAAGUUGAUCCAUUCUCUUGCCAUGAAUUUGUUUCUAGCCAUUGCAGAUUUGCCACGAAUCACCAACAUCACCACACCACCGAUCCUUAAAACGGGAGAAAAUGUAAACCUUAGUUGUACAGCCAGCGGGUUAUCUCUUCUCAAUGUCACGUGGCACAGAGGAAAAAAUGUCGUCAGCAACCAUGGUAACGGUACUUCCACUGUGGUGAUCGGGCUAUUUAAUAUUACUCAAGAAGACUGGGGCGAGUACACUUGUGUCACCCAAAAUGAAGCGGGAGAAGACAGGAGAACUGUUUUUCUCAGAAGUUAG